AUGGAAGAAUACGCUGCGCAGAAUGAGCAGCCCAGUAUCCUGCAUGGGGCACUGCAUACAGCAGAGCCGCAGACGAAGGAGAAACCGCAGAAGCCCCGCUCAUCCAACAUGUCACCAAUGGCGGCUGACUCCACGGCCUCUGAAGAAGGCUUUGCAGAUCAGGUGCAUUUGAACUUCUUACUGUUUCUCCAUCGACUAGCAGAAGAAGCCAGGACAAAUGCUUUUGAGAACAAAAGUAAAAUAAUUAAACCUGAGCACACUAUAGCUGCAGCAAAGGUUAUUUUAAAGAAAAGCAGAGGCUAG